CUUUUUACCGUGACCGCACUUAUCACCGUGAGCCGAGCAAUCACUUUCUCAGAUUGUCAGCAUGUAGAGCAGCGAACCGUUAUCUAGUCUACCAAGCUGUUAUAUGAUUCAAAUCCUCAGUCUACCUUAAACAUGCUCGAUGUUUAAGACUUAAAAAACUAGUUAAACCGUAGUUUAGAUUUUAAAUAUAUAGGCCCAUAAAUAAAUAAUAAAGCCCCGGAACUGUGACAGCGGGCUUUCUUCGUCUCUAUAAGUUUCACCGAGGAGUUGUGGAGGAUGCAGGGAAGGAUGGCCGGGCGUCUGGACAUACAGAAGGGCGUUUUGAACUUUUUAUGCGCGUGUUUGUCUCUUACUGUCGUUACCUCCUACAACAUUGACUUGGAACAUCCCAUAGUGUUCCGUGGACCGAACUCCAGUUUUUUCGGAUAUUCAGUUUUGGAGCAUUAUCAUGACAAUACACGUUGGGUGCUGGUGGGAGCUCCCAGAGCCAGCUCGGCCUACAGCAGCGCGGUCCACACCCCAGGAGCCCUGUUCAAGUGUCGGGUCCACAGCAACCCGGGUCGCCGCUGCACGGAGAUGGACCUCGGCCGAGGUGGCAGGCCCAGGGAGUCCUGUGGGAAGACCUGCCAGGGAGACAGAGACGACGAGUGGAUGGGGGUCAGUCUGGCUCGGCAGGACAAACCCAACGGCAAGAUUUUGGCGUGUGCCCACAGGUGGAAGAACGUGUACUAUGACACAGAACACAUCCUCCCUCACGGUUACUGCUCCGUCAUCCCCUCCACCCUACAGGGAGUCUCUCGACCACUCAUCCCCUGCUACGAAGACCAUAAACAGAAAUACGGGGAGGAGCAUGGCUCAUGCCAAGCAGGCAUCGCUGCAGUCUUCACAGAGGAGCUGGUGGUGAUGGGGGCUCCGGGGUCCUACUACUGGAGAGGAACAGUGAAGGUGUUCAACCUGACAUCCAACACCACUUACAACCCCGACAAGGACCAUGUUGACUCCCAGAGAUACAGCUACCUGGGCUAUGCUGUGACAGCGGGACGUUUCUCCUCCCCCAGUGUGGUGGAUGUAGCAGCAGGAGCCCCACAACACAGUGGCGUGGGGAAGGUCUACAUAUUCAGAAUAGAUGGACAGUCACUGGUGAAAAUCUUUCAAGCAUCUGGAAAAAUGAUGGGUUCAUAUUUCGGCUCUGCGCUGUGUGCGGUGGACCUGAAUGGUGACGGCCUGUCUGACCUGCUAGUGGGGGCGCCCAUGCACACCUCCCAGAGAGACGAGGGCCAGGUCACCCUGUACCUGAGCCGUGCCAAUGGGGUGAUGGAGGAGGGGGGUCUACUGAAUGGAGACCAUGCCUACAACGCCCACUUUGGGGAAUGCAUCGCUGCGAUAGGAGACAUUGAUGACGACGGAUACCAAGAUGUUGCCAUAGGAGCACCGAAGGAGGAUGACUACGGAGGUGCGGUCUAUAUUUAUCAUGGUGACGCCUCGGGAAUCAUCACUAAAUACUCCAUGAGGCUGUCUGGUCACAGUGUUCAGCCUGGUCUACAGAUGUUUGGACAGUCCAUCUCUGGCAGCGUGGACAUGGAUGGCAACGGAUACCCAGAUCUCACCAUUGGUGCGUUCAUGGCUGACAGCGUGGUCCUGCUGAGGUCUCGUCCGGUGAUCGCGGUGGAUGUGUCCAUCUUCCUCCCCGCUUCCAUCAACAUCACUGCCCCGCAGUGCCACGAGGGAACGCACCUCAACUGCUUCAAUGCCACUGUGUGUCUGCGCUUCAGGGGCAAGCAGCUGCCAGGACUCAUAGAGCUGCAGUACACCCUGACAGCAGAUGCAGCGAGGCGCCAGAGGAGCCAGGCCUCCAGAGUGUACUUCUCCCAGGCUGGGUCCCAGAUCAGCUCCUUGAGCCGGCUGCAGCAUCUGAGCAUCGACACACAGGAUUGCCAGCAGUACACCGCCUACGUCAAGAAGGAUGUGAAGGAUGUGUUCACGGCCAUCAGCUUUGAGGUGGCGUACAGUCUGGGCCCACACAUGCUUGACCCUAACCCUAACCCCGACCUCCCACCCCUGACCCCUGUCCUGCGCUGGAGGAAGGGAGACAAGAUGGCAGCACACAACAAGACGUGGUUUGAGAAGAACUGUGUGUCUGAAGACUGUGCUUCUGACCUGGGGAUGCAUGGAAAGUUGCUGCUUUCUGGACUCCACAGUAAACCCUACCUGGCUCUGGGAGGAGUGAGGAACGUUUCUCUGAACCUGACCAUCUCCAACGCAGGAGACGACGCCUACGACACCAACAUCUACCUCAACUUCUCCUCAGAAGUCUUCUACAUAAACUACUGGCAGAAGGAGGAGAAGGGAAUUUCCUGUGAUCUGGUUGAGUUGGAUUUUCUCAAAUGCAGCGUGGGAUUCCCCUUCAUGAGAGCACAGACCAAGUAUCAUCUUGCAGUGAUCUUUGACAGCAGUCGGCUGUCAGGGCAGAAUGAAACCCUGCAGUUCAUAGUUCAAGCCAAAAGUGCAAACCCAGAACACAAGCUUCAGGACAACACACUGCAUUUGUCUGUACCACUGGUACACGAGGUGGACACAACUAUCACUGGGGUGGUGACCCCCAGCUCGUUUGUCUAUGGUACGUAUGGUAACUCCAUCGAUGAGUCUCGCUUUAUUCAGCUGCAGGACCUGGAGUGCAACUUCCAGCCUCUCAACCUCACCUUCCAGGUGAUAAACAGAGGUCCCAGCAGGUUACCUGGCUCCAUGGUAGACAUCAGGAUCCCCAGCAGGUUGUCUGGGAGUGGAGCAGAGAUGUUCCACAUUAUUGACACUCAGGUGUCUGAUGGGAGAGGUAACUGUUCUGUGCACAGGAACCCUAACCCAUGCUUCCUGCCCAGAGACAGAGAGAGUGUUUUCCACACCAUUUUCUCCUUCUUCACCAAGUCUGGACGCAGGGUCCUGGACUGUGAUCGUCCAGGCAGGGCCUGUCUGACGAUAUCCUGUCGUCUGGGCUCCCAGGCCAAGGAGGAGGCGCUGAGUGUGGACAUGAAGAUGCUGCUAAACGUGGAGAUUCUGAAGAGGGACAGCUCCUCUGUGGUCCAAUUUGUGACUAGGGGGAGCGUACGUGUGGACGACAGUGCUGUUGCAACGGAGAUUACCAAUGGCCUAUCAGAAGACGUAUCUGUAAUGUUUGAGGCGCUACACAGCCAGGAGCCGCGAGGCUAUGUGGUGGGCUGGAUCAUAGCCAUCAGCCUGCUGAUCGGGAUCCUGCUCUUCCUGCUGCUCGCUGUGCUCCUCUGGAAGAUGGGUUUCUUCCGUCGCCGUUACCGGGAAAUCCUGGAGGCGGAGAAGAACAGGAAGGACAGCAACGAGAGCUGGGACUGGGUGGAGAAGAGUCACUGAGAGGCGUGGCGAGGGGCCCCAGUGAGCCAAUGAGGGCAGAGACAUGGUGACAUAGGACCCAUCGCCAGCCCCUUAAGCACAAGCCCCGCCCUCCUGUCUUCCAUAUUUGGAAGAGAAGAAUAUUCUCCUGAUUUUUCGGAGACUUGACUGACAUUUACGUUUGUGUGUGUAGAGAUACAGGAAGUUUCAUCCUAAGGCCUAGCGGGCGUGGCUCCUCAGGGGGGUGUGACUCCCCAGAGAUUCGCUAUGGAACUCUGUUGAACCCUGUGAAGAUAAACAUGGAAAACCCUAACCCAUUGCCAGCUAACCAGCCAGCUAACCAUCCUGGCGACCAGCCAGCAAGCUAACUAGCCAGGCAACCAACUAGCUAACCAGGUAGCUAGCCAACCAGCUAUCCAGCGAACUAGCCAGCCAGCUAGCCAACAAGGUAGUCAGCCAGGCAGCCAACUAGCCAACCAGGUAGCUAACCAGCCUGCCGGGUAGCUAACUAGCCAGCCAACCAGCUAUCCAACCAGCUUGCCGACCAGGUAGUAAGCCAGGCAGCCAACUAACCAACCAGGUAGCUAACCAGCCAGGUAGCUAGUCAACCUGGUUGCUAGUCAGCCUGCCAGGUAAAUAGCCAGGUAGGCAGUUGUUUCAGCAGACUGCCCUGUUUGUGGGGAUCAUUGAUACUAGACAUCACACCCUCAGGUCACUUGGUCAUAGCACACUUUAUUUUUAUACCUGCAGUCUAAAGCCACAUUGUACUAUGUGGCUUCAGGAGAAACUGCGGGGUGGGUGAGGCCAACAUAUCAUAUAUUUUUAUAAAAGCACUGAAGUCAGAUAAGAGCUGAUGCCUUUUUUUUUUUUUAGCUUGUCAGCGCCAAAAAUAUGUAAUGUGCAGUGUUUUUGAUUGAGUUUAUGUGUUCAGAUUUGAAAAUGAAAGAUUGUAUCUGGA